UGGCUGACCCUUCGCCGUGGUUGGGCGCGGGCGCCGCCGGGGCGCGCGCACCGGCCUCGCUUUUCGCGGCGGGAAGCCGUCGCCGACCCGCCCGGCCGGGCCAGCCCCGCGCCCUCGCUCGCCUCCGCCUGCUCCGUCGAGGACCUGCAGGCGCGCGGCGAGGAGGCCGAGUCUCGCAGGCGGCAGGCGCAGGCGGCGCGGCUGCGCGAGCAGGAGGCGGAGCGGCAGGAGCGCGCGCGCCUCGAGGAGAUCCUGGCGCUGUGCGCGGAGUACGAGCGCCAGGCGCAGAGCGAGCGCGCCCUGCAGCAGCAGCAGACGCCCAGCCCGCGCCCGCCCAACACGCCCACGCUGCAGCAGAACAGGAUCAAGACGAACGGGUCGCUGCCGCGCGACAAGCGCCUGGCAUCGCCCGGAGGGGGCGUGUCCGCCUCGGAGGACGAGCUGGCCGAGAUCUUCACCUUCGACCUCGCCGCCUCCGCAGGGUACUCGUCGAGCCCCGUGGCGAGCCCUCCGGCGGGACCGGGGGCGGCGGCGGCGCAGAAGCAGAGCGGGCGCUCGCCCUACGAGAACGUGGCGGUGGGGGGCGCGGGGCCCCAGCUGCAGCAGCCGCAGAGCCCGCGCACACGCAUCCGCACCAUCGUGCCCCAGGCGCCGCCCGCGCACAGCCCCGACGCGCCGCCCGACGCGCUGGGGGCGCCCCUGGCGGCCGGCAGGCUCAACGGCGAGCUGCGCGCGCGCGAGCGGGGCCGCGAGCACAGGGCGCGGCGCGCGGACGACUCGUCGCCCAACUCGGAGGACAGCCCCAUGACAAGAGAUGAAGGAGACUUGCUGAGGAAGGAGAGAACUAAGCUUUUGGGUACAUUAUCUGCAAUUAAGAGAAAAAUUACUGAAGUUGAACAACAAGAGGAAGAAUUGUUGAGAGGGCUGGAGAUGGAGCGCGCGCUGCUGGAGGGCGAGUGGGCGGCGCAGCGCGACCGCUCGCUGCAGGACGAGGCGCGGCUGUCGGCGCUGCGCGCGCGCGUGGGCCGCCUGGACGGGGAGCUGGAGCGCGGGCGCGCGCGCGAGGUGGCGCGGCAGGGCGACUGCCGCCAGCGGCUCGAAGCGGCCGCCGCCGAAAUGCACAGGUUGGAACAGGAAGUGAUUCGAAGUGCAGGUUGCCCUGAACGCCAACGUGAGAUAGCUGACAGAUUGCAGCACCAACACGAUCUUCUGGAGGCAGAGAAAAAGGCGUUCGAGGACCUGGAAUUCCGCCACCUGGAGGAGGAGGCCGGGUGGCUGGCCGCCCGCGAGGAAGCGCAGAGGGAAGCCGCCGAGGUGGGCGCGCGGGCCGCGGAGCGACGCGCGCGGUUGGCAGCACUGGAGCAGCAGCGGCGAGCGGCGGCACAAAUCUUCCCAAAUUUGACAAGGAACCAACUGAGGGUUGUGGAGGCUCGAUUGGAGGAACUGACUCAACACGGAGUCAUUAGCAGUCAGGAGUCGAGUGCUGACGCGUCCUCCGAUGUGGAUGAGCCUGCAGCAACCUCUCCCAGCACAAGUCUACAAUCACCGCAGUCCCCGCAAUCACAAGAUGAUCUUGCGCGCAUUAGUCGAGUGACAUUGGGGGCACCUUUGGAUGUGAACACAGGAUCAUUAGGACGAAAGGCUUUGGCUUCUUUAAAAGAAAUUGAGCGCAACAGGCAGCUACAUCUUGCACAGCAAGGUAGCCAAGUGAUAGAGGAAGAGCGCAAGCGUGUUCAGGAACUGAAGCGCCGCGUUCAAGACGAAGUUCGCGCCCAAUGGGAGGAACGCCGGCAGCAACAGCAGCAGCAGAGGGGAGCUCACUGCGCCUCGCUCAACAGUGUAGGCAGCGACGAGGCUUCCUUGACAUCAAGCGACGUCCCCACUGAGAGUGCCUCUAGUGAUGAUGCAUUGGAGAAACGUAUUCCAAGUGGGCCUGCGAGCGGAGUGAACGGAACAAGCACAGCCAGCACUGUGAACGGCAGCAGCAAGAACAAUGGAAAAGGGGAAGGAGAACAAACAAAUCCUCAGCUUCAGGCUUCGGUGCGCGAGAAAGAGCUGGAGCUGGAACGCGACUACGAGGAGACGCGGCCGCUGUCCGACGCCGCCGCCGCCUACGACCGCCAGCUGGGCGUGCGCAUGCGCGACAAGGCCUCGCGCCUGCAGCGGCCGCUGACGCGCUACCUGCCGAUCCGCGGCGCCGGGCUGGACCUGCGCGCGCACGUGGAGUCGGCCGGCCACCAGGUGGAGCUGUGCCCGCACGUGGCGCUGGACGCGGCGUCGUGCCGGGGCGCGCUGCACAAGCUGGGCUCGCGCUUCCACCACUGGAACAAGCGCUGGUUCGUCUUCGACCGCUCCAAGCGCACGCUCAUGUACUUCGCCGACCGCGCCGAGAAGAAGCCCCGCGGCGGCGCCUUCUUCCAGUCCAUUGAAGAGGUGUACGUUGAUCACCUCAACUCGGUGAAGUCUCCCAACCCGCAGCUUACGUUUGUGGUGAAGACGGUUGAACGCACGUAUCACCUGAUGGCUCCCAGUGCAGAAGCAAUGCGCAUUUGGGUGGAUGUGAUCUUCACUGGAGCAGAAGGAUAUCAAGAAUUCGAUGCAGGGACAUAGGGACACGCCUCACGCCCACAGGGGGCGUUCCGCUCAGACGCGGAACCCUGCGAGGCGGAGGCACUGUUGCCAACUUAUACUUGUGUCGAGGCUCCUCCUUUCACCCUGAAAUUUGGGGAGGACCGGUAUGUGUAACUUGCAUCGUGUGAUGUGGAAAAAAAAGAGGAGUUUGCAUAAAACUUCCACCACAAGCUAAGGAACCACCUCGAAUGUACCAAAUAUUGAUGAGGUGCAUAGCCAUGUAGAUGUUAUUUAUACAAAAAGCUCUGAAUUAUCAGUUUGUAGCUGCUACAUAUAAUGCAGGUUAUGUUUUCUUCUUACAAGAAUGUGAUGUGAUAUGGUAGAUUUAUAUGGUCUAAUAUACCAGUCCAAAGGCACUUAUUUGUCGUGUCUGGACUCUGUAAGACUGAAUCUCUUCACUUCAAGCACGUCAUUUUGGAGUUUCAUUGUUUUAUUCAGAAAUUGGGAAAGAUAUGUGUAGGUGAUGUCUUUUUAGAAAGCAAGGGUCUUUCAGCAACAACGAAUAUAUUUAAUCAUGCCUUCAUUUGGUCUAAUGACUUUUGACUACACUUUUGUGGCAGUGGCAUCUGGAUUUAUUGGUUGAAUGCGGUACCUUACACUGAGCAUAAAUUUCAUAAAUAUCGCAUCUGUCCAUAAUGCAGAAUUGGUAACACAGACCCCUCCAAUGUGUAUUACAUCUGUCCAUUUAAUCUCAAUGUUUUUGUGAUGUUUUUAAGGCUUCUAAUUCAAACUCUGCUUAAAUGCAGCUGUUUUGCAAUUUGUGUGUUCAUGUUUCAACAUCCUUCAUCACAGGGUACAUUUGCACAGUGCCUUGUUGUUGUUGUUAAGAGAAGGAGCAAACGAUGUAUGGCCUUGCAGUUUAUUUAGCUGUUGUCUGGGUUGCCAAAUAUGGUCAGCAUUGGAGGUUUGUUACAGGCAGGUGUGUGAGGAUUUUAUUGUUCACAGCAUUUUGCUGUGUUGAUGUAUGGAAAUUGUGAAAGUGCCUUUCAUAUAUGUAAUGGAAGCUAAAAAUAACAUGUAACCACAGUAAUUGCUGUUUUAUUUCUUACCCUUUACCAGUUUUUAAAUAAGUAUACAAUUAGAAUAAUUACAAUCUAUUUAUGUGUUGUUAUUCAUGGUCAAUUUUCCAUUCAUGUGCUCUGAAUAGACUAAAACAUGAGUCAAGGAUUCUUAACCAUUUUUGUCUCCCACUUUCCCUGAAAAUUAAUAUACCAUUCACUCUUUAUCCCUUUAAAAUGUAGGUGAUGCUUUAAAAUUCAUGAAAUUCUAUCUUUUAGGGAAAAUUAAUUGGCACAGUCUUGGCUGUUUUGCAAUUAAAUAAUCAUGAUUUUUUCAUGUAGUUAGUGUUUUUUGCCCUUUGGUAUAUUUUCAUGAAUGGUCAUUAGUGUUAAAAAUUCAUAAUCUGAUACAGAAAUUUAUUUCAAUGAAUGAAGGAGAUUUCAAUGCAUGAAGAAUUAUGAAGGACAAUAAGUUUUCAUUUUAAUGAAUAUAUAUUAAUUUUUAUUCUUCUUAAAUAUUGUGCAAAUGUCUGUGAUAUAUAUUUUUUUUAUUGGGAUAAAACUUGCUUUACUUGAUCUAAAUUGACUUGAGAACCAUUACUCAAAAGAAGAAAAGAGAACGCUAUGAAGGAGAGUCGCACUGCCCCACUGAAUGCUUUGCAUCUCUCCUUGGGAGGUAAUGGGGGUUAAAAAUUCCUGACCCAUAUGCUAUCUCACACUUUUUCUUGAUAGGGCAGGGAAGAUUUGGCCCAUAACAAAGCUCAUGCAAACCUACUCCCGGAUAUUUUGUAAUUUUCACUGUUGUAGCUAACUGCGUAAGUACAUGCAAAGUUUCUUGUCCUGUGAACUUUAUUCCAAGAGUGAAUUAUAAAACCAAGAGUAAAACCAAAAAUGGUUGUUUAGAAAAAACAAUCUUAAAGUUCGCAAUGCAGAGUAUAAGGGGAACAAUAAAAUGUGUGAUCGCUUGGACGAUUUGCUCUUAUGAUUCUGAAAUCUGCAAUUACAAAUGAACCAAGAUAAUGGUCACCUAUCCUCCCUCUGUACACCCACAUACACAUGCUCUCAGAAAGAAAAGGCCAGUAUCAAGAAACACUGUGACUAGUACAUUAAUUUCCUAUUAAUUGUAAUUAUUAAAGAAUACAUUGUUUAUUGAAUUGAAUUAAUGCCUUAUUUUAGGAGGCGAGCCUGGAAAACUAUCUUAUAAUACUGCUUCAAAUUUUAUAUUUGUUGAUUGUAUUAUUUUUCUACAAUAUUUCUCUUUAAAAAGUAUGAAUUUCAUUUAAGUUGUAUUGAAGAAAGUGAAACUAUAAAUUUUUUAAAAAUUUGAUUUGU